CUUUCCGCUGACUUCAUCUGUUCUGGGAGCCUGGUGGGUAUAAGAGGGAACUAGAGGAGACAUCUCAGCAUCAGCCUGCUGACCAACACAGGUGGUGAUUUCCAGCCUCCAGCAUUCUACGCAGAAAAUGGAACCUGCCAUCAACACCCUGAUCUCCCUCUUCAAAAGCUAUGCUGGGAAAGACGGGACCCCUUCCACUCUGAGCAAGGAGGAAUUCCACAAUCUGGUGAUCUCUCAGCUUUCCACCUUUGUCAAGAAUUCCAAUGAUCCUGCAGUGAUUGACCAGCUCAUGGGCUCACUGGAUGCAGAUAAUGAUGGAGAACUGACGUUUCUGGAAUUCUGGCAGCUGAUUGGCAAACUCGCGAACAAACAAGGAGGCUUCAGCCAGUGAAACGUCACAGGACUGGCUUACAUUGUAAACUGUCACAAUGUUCCAUUUCAGAUCAUAAAUGUGCUGUAAUUGUUUUGAAAUUAGUAUGGGUACUAGUAAAAUCAUAUAUUUGA